GAAAUCUUUUUCAGAAUAUUUUUGCACCAAUACCUCCAAGAUGGCUGCAUCACCGCUAGCAGCACAAGACACCAAUGACAAAUGGGGUUUCGGUGAAGACCCAGAUAACAUGGGACCUAUGUCCAGCGCCGACCCCCUCGUCGACGACGCGCCUCUGGCAGCAGACGAAACGACUUCCGGGCAAAUGGCCAGCGGCUCUGGUCAUAAACGUACCUCCAGCGGUGACAACGGCGUUUCUGGCAGCAAAACCGACUCCGGUCGCGAAAAGUUAUCCAAGCCGAACAAAGUAUACAUUGGCGGUUUACCAGACCAUACACGCCAAGAGGACCUCCAAAGUUGUUUUGGAAAGAUCGGAAGGAUCACACACAUCGAGUUGAAAAUCGGAUAUGGUUUUGUCGAAUUCGACAGCCGCGAAGCUGCCGAAGAAAGUGUUGCCAAGUACAACGAAGGGUACUUUAUGGGCAACAAAAUACGAGUGGAACUUUCCCACGGUCGCGGGCGCGCUACUAGGCGCUCUGAUGAUCCCGGCGCUUGCUUCAGAUGCGGUGAAACUGGCCAUUGGGCCAGGGAAUGCCCUCGUUUGCAAUCGCGUCCUCCUAGGGGUUCUUCUCACGAAGUGGGGUUGAUUGAACGAUUACCACCUAGGGAUUACUUACCUCCUAGAGAUUUUGGUCCCCCGGCACGGUAUCCACCUCCACAGGAUGCGAGGUAUUAUGAUUAUCCGCCGCCACCUCCUAGCAGAGAUUUCCGACGUCCCGUCUCGCCUAUAAGGGAUCAAAGAGAUUUUCUUACGGGGCCGUCUCCACGUCCGCGCGAUUAUGAUGAUUAUAGAUUGAGGGGACCUCCGCCGCCACCUCCUGCCCGGUAUGAUCGCCCAUAUGACAGAGAUUUGCCACCGAGAGGCUAUCCUCCACCAAGGGACUUUGAUCGGUAUGAAAGGCGUCCCCCACCAGAUGAUAGGUACCCUCCCACGAAUUCCAGGCCAAGGACACCUCCUGGUCCCCCUCCUCGCCGCGAUGACUACGAUAGACCACUCCGGUAUGGCGCGACUUCUUGUAUUGUGGUUGAAGUCUCAUUAUCUCCAAGGGAUUACAUUCCUAGGCCACUUACACCGCCCUUACGCCAACCGGACUACCCUCGUUCUCCUGAGCCGCCUCGCUAUCGGUGAGUCCUUUGUUGCAUCAUGUUUUCAUGAUUCCUCAUGCAACUGGAAGUCGCCGCUCAUUGAGUCCUCCGCCCCGCUCUGCGCAUUACGAUGCCUACCCUGGCGGCAAUGGAUACUCUGGCGACAGGUCUGGUCCUCCGAGGGACGACAAGCGUGUCAGAGACUAUCCCUCUCGCCGUGACCCGGAAAUUGCCUAUAGGAGAGCCUGACAUGUCUUUUUUCUUGUCGUUAAAAGUUAUCUAUAUCAUUUCUUGUUUUGUAUAUCUUUUAUAUGCUUACAUGUAGCUUUCUUUCUUGUUUGUCUCUUUCCAUUCGUCACUACGCCUGCUUUGUUUGCAUAUUAGCAGAUACAAACUCAUAUUGGCUUGGAUUCUAAUAGUGA